AUGGACAGCAAACAGCCGACGACCGAUGGAUCAGAUCCAUAUCAGAUCCCACCAGAAUACCAAGUCUAUCUCGAUCCAGAUUUCGAUCCCCAGGAAUUCGCCAAUUCGGUGCUCAACAACGAGCCCUACCAUGCCACCGACAUUUCCCAAUUCGCAUCGGGCGACGUGAGUGCGGUGCUCUCGAAGCUGAACCUGGGCAUCGAGGAUAUCACGAAGCAGAUCCGAUCCCAGGUGAGCACCCACCAUCUGAAGCUGCUCACCAAGGCAAGCGCGGUAGCAUCGCUCGAACGGCCCCUCCAAGCGGUCAAAGAUGCGCUCCAUCAACUCGACGCCAACGUCGAAAGACUGCACAAGAAAAUCGGGAACCGCCAUGCGACUCUCGAAGACGCUCUCGCUAGAUUGGACCGCUACCAGGCGGCCGCCGAGCUCUCGCGGAAAACCAGCCGGUUUGUCACCCUGGCCAAGCGCCUCGAAGCCCAGAUGGCCGAACUGGAUCUUAGCCCGCCCAACCUCCUCCUCCAAAAAGACACCUCAAAGAACCCUUCCAUUUCCCGCGAUCAGCACGAACUCUUCUUGGCCGAAAGCGCCCUGACCCUAUCCGAGCUAGAGAGGCUCCUGGAUUCUGAGCUCGAGACAGCAUCGAUCGAGGGGAGCGCUCCAGCAGGAGAAGAGCCGAGUCCACAAACGCUGGCCUCCAUCCGCUCCCUCACGGCCAUCCAGCCACACGUCCAGACGAUCGUCUCGGCCCGGAAGAAGGUCGAGGAGCAGAUGUCCAGGAUCCUCAACCAGGGCCUCGUCCAGCUCGACCGGGCCAUGCUCUCCUCCUCCUUCCAAACCGCCUACAACCUCUCCAUCCUCGACCGCUCCGUAGGCUCGAUGAUCUUCGAACUCACCGAGCUCAUCGGCAAGAAGAUCAAGCUCGCCUUCGAUCUCAAUUCCUUGGCCAGAGAAGCCGGCGCAAAUGACCCCCAACCAACGUCCAGUUUCGGCUACAAAUCCCGCGCCAGAACCGAGCCCACAGCGGCAACUCUGCCCCAAUGGACGAGUACAUUAUGGGCCCGGCUCGAAGGCUUGAUCGACGACCUGAGCACGAGCUGUGUCAAAGUCUACACCCUCGAGAAAGUCCUGGAAUGGAAGAAGGAUCCGGUCUCUGGCGUCCCGUUCCUCGAGGUCGUCACUAGCUCUGGAUCAAUGCUCGAAGAACGUCCUAGCACCGUGUUCUGGACCACGCUCAGUAGCGCUUUGAGCAAGGAGACUCGCGAAACGCUAAGAACAUCGAACUUCAUUGCACAAACCCUGACGGCCAAUUAUCCGCAUCUCCUGCGACUAUUCCAGGAGUUUUUCUCGCGGAUCUCCUUGCACACGCACACGAUAUACAACUCGAGCAGCCAAUCGCCGGAGACGAUCCUGACCUUGCGGGCGGUCUUGCCGCUGGAAAACAUAUACCUGAAUCGGGUGAUGACGAAGAUGACGGAUGCGGGCAAUGGACGGGCGGAGAAGCUCACCACGGUGCUCGCGAACGAGCUCGAUGCGGCUAGGUUCGACCCCUUGUUGGUCCGCUCGGUCUGUAGAAAAGCGAAAGAAGUCGUCGACAAUUACCUCAAACGAGUCGAGAAUAGAAUUGUGACGGAUUAUCAGGCAACCUCAUUGGCAGGACCGAGUGCCACACCUUCUCAAAUCACGAACAUCGAUAUCUUCAACAACCUUUCAGAGCUGUCCCGGCAGCUGGUCCGGGCGCUGCACGACUAUCCGGAGGAGAUCAAGAAGCUGAUGGAGGGUACGAUAGAGCUGGCGGGCAAGAUGCGGGAAGGGAUCAUCCGGCCGAUCGUAGCCUCGAUCACGCGGGAGCUGAACAUGAUUAUCUCCAAGAUGCACGUCCAAUUCCGGCCGACGAACGCGUCGAGCAAUGGGAUGUACAUGCAGGAGCUGCGUGCCAAGCUGGCGCUGGUCCGGCACGAACUCCUGGCCCGACUGGAGCCCGCCCAUCUCGAGCCCCUCUUGCUCGAGCUGACUGCGGAGGUCCUGGGCAGCUUCCUGUUCCAUGCCAGUCUGAUGACGCCGUUGACAGAGACGCUGAAGCUGCGCCUGGCGGGCGAGGUGGCCGAGCUGGAGUUCGAGGUCACCCAGUUCCUGGUCCACGACCAGGCCCGCAUGGGCCCCUCCCUCCGCCCUCCCGGCAUCGACAAGCAGCCACACGACAGCAAAAACAACAACGAUAAUGAGGAUGAUGAUGAUGAUGGGGAGGCGCGGGAGGAGAGAAGGAUGGAGGUGGCCCGACUGCUGGACGACCUGAAGAUCUUCCGGCAAGUCCUCUUCGCCGACACGGCCUCCGAACUAUCACUUCUACUCCGUCAAUCGACGCUCGACGUUCUGCUGGUCGUCCACAUCUUGCUCGUCAAACACCAGUCCGACUUCCCCUCCGCCUCCGACAAAGCCCAUCCUCAGGUGCUGCUCAUCCACCAACGCAACGCUUGGACGGCCCCCGAAUACGCCAGAUGGGUCCAGGAAUAUCGCCAAGAUAAUCGCCACAGGGAGCCCCUUCGUGUCUUUCGCUCUUAUCUCGACGAGGUCUUCGAUGAGAUCCAGUCUGUUCCUGAUGAUCGUCUUCCCGAGCUCCAAUGGCUCCGCUUGGCCCGCCAGUUCCUCGAGUAA